UAAAUAGUCUCAAGUUCGGUGUAAACUAACGCAACGAAUUCUCGUUGUUCUUUCUUCUUCCAUUGAUUCGUUGCAAUAUUUGUGCAAGCUCCGUUGCUUUCUCCGCCACCACUCCUCCGAUCAUUCUCCGGGUAGAGAAAUUGGGAACAAUGAGUGAGGUGUUUGAAGGGUACGAGCGUCAAUACUGUGAGCAAUCGGCGAAUCUUUCGCGGCAAUGCACUGCGGCUUCUGCUCUUGAUGGAGAACAAAAGAAGCAAAAACUUUCUGAUAUAAAAGCUGGAUUAGAUGAUGCUGACACAUUGAUUCAAAAAAUGGACCUUGAGGCUAGGAGUUUGCAGCCAAGCGUGAAGGCAGCUCUUCUUGCCAAGUUAAGGGAAUAUAAAACUGAUUUGAGCAAUUUGAAAAGUGAAGUUAAAAGAGUCACGUCAGCUAGCGUCAAUCUCACUGCUCGAGAUGACUUGUUGGAGUCAGGAAGGGCUGAUACACUGGCGGCAUCAAAUGAUCAAAAAGGAAGACUUCUGAUGUCUACUGAAAGACUUAAUCAGUCCUCUGACAGAAUAAAGGAGAGCAGAAAAACAAUGCUGGAGACAGAGGAUCUUGGUGAAUUUAUCCUCAGAGAUUUGCAUCAACAACGUGAAUCCCUACUCCACGCCCAUAAGACGAUCCAUGGAGUGGAUGAUAACAUUAGCAAGAGCAAGAAGAUUUUGUCGGCUAUGUCAAGAAGGAUGAGCAGGAACAAAUGGAUUGUUAGCUCCUUAAUGACAGCUCUGGUCCUUGCAAUAUUAAUCAUUUUAUAUUUCAAGCUGACUCAUUAGUUGGCUAUCUUUGCUUCUUAUAUGGCUAGCUAUGUCUCAUAUUGGAGUGUAUGUUGCCCAACAAUGUGACGAUGUUUGAAGAGUUGUGUGAACAAUAGUUCUCACUAAUUUCUAUUAUUACAUGUAAAAUUCUUUCGUUUGAGCAAAUGAGAAUAUUUUACCAUUACAAUGCAUCAUUGUUCAAUUCAUUCUA